AUGCGAAAUGAUAUUCAAAAUUUAGGUAUAAUUCUAAUCGAUGUAGGUAAUACACAACUUAUUCAACCCGAUGAUGUCUUCUGUCAAGCCUAUAUUUAUAUGAUUAAUUUCAUUCGAAGAAAUUUUUGGGAUGUUAACAGAGUAAUUAAAAUAGAUCUUUAUGAUACUGUAUUCCAAGGCGAUCCAUUUACUCAAUCUCUACCAAAAGGAGCUGUUCAUCUACUUGAAGAAGGUUUAUCUUUCUUAUCUUCUGAAGGCAAUGUAAAUAUGGACUUACUCAAUGCAUUAGGAUAUAAAGUUCAAGAUUUUAAUUACCAUUACGUCUGUGCAGGCUAUUUUGGAGGCGAUGUAGAAGAAAUUCUGAACUUCUUAUCGUUUUCAUUGACUUUUUAUCUAUUUGGACGUCAUUGGCAUGAUCAAGCACUGUUUAAUUAUCUACUCAUGACAGGAAUCUAUGAAAAUAACCAUAUUUUCAUUAAGAAAUAUGAUUCAUUAUCAUUAGUUCGCCAUUUAUCAGGAAUAAAGCUACGAGAUAAUCAGUUCCUAGGAAAUGUCACAUCUGCCUACAGAAAUGACAGAUAUGCGGCUAUAAUUCACCAUUAUUAUUUAGGUAAGGAUUUUUUAUACUCAAUUUAUAGAUCAUGUCCUCCUACUAGUAUUAAAUAUCCAGAUUACAUUAAUAUCAAGAUGGAAAAUCUGACGUUUGAAGAAUUUGAAAGAAAAGCAAAGAAUUUAUGA